CCCCAGUAACACUAGUACCCCCCAUCAGUAGCCCCUGCCAGGCUGUGCGAUGCGCGACCCGGAAGCGGCGAUCGGUCACUCUGAGCUCGGCAGGCUGUAGAGGAGCGCCGAGCUAUCGAUCAGAAGCCGGGAGCGAGCGCAGUGUAAGGCCUGGAGCGAGCACCGUUUGAAGCCGGGCAGGAUGUCCGCAGACACCAACACAAGCUAUGGCUUCAACAUCACCUCUGCUCCUCCCACAGCGUCUUAUAUCUCAUCUGUGCAGCCUGGCACAGCCUCUGCAUUCAACAGUACCAAUAUCACUGUGCCACACGUCUGUCUGGUUAUCUUGUAUGAAGACAUCAGGAGUUCUAAGGUGAGGUAUUGGGACCUCAUGCUUAUGAUCCCCAACGUUCUCUUCUUUGCUUUCCUGCUCUGGAAGCUCCCGUCAGCAAGAGCGAAAAUCCGAGUCACCUCUAGCCCCAUCUUCACCACCUUCUACAUUCUGGUGUUUGUUGUAGCUCUCGUGGGCAUCACACGGGCGAUUGUGUCCAUGACAGUCAGUUCAUCCAGUGCUGCCACAGUCACAGACAAGGUUCUCUGGGAGAUAACCCGGUUCUUCUUGCUUGCUAUCGAGCUCAGCGUUAUAAUUCUGGGUUUGGCAUUCGGUCACCUUGAAAGCAAGUCUAGCGUGAAGCGGGUUCUAGCGAUUACUGCAGUUUCAUCACUUGCUUAUUCUGUCACCCAGGGCACGCUGGAAAUACUGUAUCCUGAUGCCCACCUCUCAGCAGAAGAUUUUAACAUUUAUGGGCACGGUGGUAGGCAUUUUUGGCUGGCAAGUUCCUGCUUUUUCUUUCUGGUUUACACUCUCGUCUUUGUGCUUCCGAAAACUCCCCUUAAGGAUCGCAUCUCUUUGCCAUCAAGGAAGAGUUUCUACGUGUACUCUGGUAUCCUGUCUGUGCUGAACCUGGUGCAGGGGAUGGGCAGUGCUCUGCUCUGUGCUGAAAUCAUACAAGGAUUGUGCUUUGUAGAUGUCACCACGUUCCUGUACUUCAGCCUGUUUGCACCGCUCAUGUAUGCAGCCUUUCUGAAAGGCUUCUUUGGGUCUGAACCAAAGAUCCUCUUCUCGUACAGAUCCCAAGUGGAUGAGCCAGAGGAUACUGACGUCCACCUGCCAAACCCUUAUCCUGUAACUAGGAAAGAGGGCCUGGACUCUGGGUACUACUCGAACACACAGAUAGACACUACCGCCUACCUGGAUGAUGUAGCAUCUAUGCCUCACCUUGUUGGUAGCAUUAACAGCAUCGACAGCGACCGAUGGAAAGCUCUAAAUGCCUGAGCAUGAGACCAGCAUGUCUGAACUAAAUAUUUCCUACUGGUUUUUACAAACAAAAGAGAUUAAUAUAUUUACAUCCAUUGCAAAAGUGUUGAGGUUUUUGGCCAAAACUCACCUCCUAUAAUCCAGGUAAAAUGGUGAGAGAGGAUGCCAAACAUUUUUGUGGACAGGAAGCCAGACCUGCUGCUAAAUCUCACUUUGUCUCUGCUGUUUUGUGCACAUGAAGCAGCUGCAAUCUCACAGGAUUUCUGUGUCAGUAUCAUACUGCUGCUUCCGCUUAUUGGUCCAGUGACGUAUAACACUAUACCUAGUGUGUCAUACAGAAGCGACAUAAAAACACUGUUAUACUUAACUGGAUCAAAACAGCAAAAAAAUAUGUACAGAUGCAAAUCAUUAAUAUAUUUUCUCUUAUAAACUAUGACUUAGCGAGAAUCACUGUGGGAUAGAUGCAUUUGGGUCGCAAAUCUCAUGACAAAAUGUACAAGUAAGCAGCCUUCUGUUUUAGUUUUAAUUAGACGUUUGUUGCUUUAAAACGCCAGUUGCACUUUGUGUGCGCUUUAUUUUUCUUGCUUUCUUUUUUUUAUUGUAUACUUGGAACUAGCGAGUUUCAUUGAGUGGAGCAGUGCAAUUAUUUUUUCUGAAUGAUUUAGUUCUUUAGAGGUUUAGGUUACGUGCGGUCGCUCUGCUUAUUUUUAUGUUGAUGAUUUAGCUGAUGCAGAUUUUACUCCCAUAAACCAAUAGGAAGCUGUAAUUGCAGCAAGCUCUGUGCAGUCAAAAAUGAAAGUUUAAGUUAUUGGUGGUUCUGAUCUGCUCUGCUGACUUGCUCUGCAAGCUAUGGCCGUCUGCUGAGCUGUGACAUUGUAGAAGGCUCUGCUGUGGGUUUCACUGUGCUUUGCUGUCACAUCAUGCGGUUGUGCGCUGUCACAUCUUGCAGUGUUCUGCUGUCCUGCUGCGCUGUCACAUCUUGCGGUGCUUCGCUGUCACAUUAUGCGGUUCUGCACUGUCACAUCUUGCGGUGUUCUGCUGUCCUGCUGCGCUGUCACAUCUUGCGGUGCUUCGCUGUCACAUCUUGCGGUGCUCUGCUGUCCUGCUGCGCUGUCUCAUCUUGCGUUGCUCUACUGACCUGCUACGCUGUCACAUCUUGCGUUGCUCUGCUAUGGAGGUAUGCUGUGCUUUCUGUUAGGCUUCUGCAACUUUUGAUUAUAGACAGUUCUGCCAUGCGCUACUGGUGAUAUUGUGUGUUGACUGGCACUGCAUUAUGCUGGAUCUGCUGCUGCAGUGAUGACUACUUACGAUAUUACAGCUUCCUGUUUGGUUACCCAGAUACUUGGAGUUUUUAUUUUUUUUGAGUGAGAAAAAAAAAAAAAGAUUUAUUACUUGUUUUAUUUGUUGCUGUGCAGAUGUACAAAUGUAAUUUCAAUGCUGUAAUGCUGUGUUUAAAGGGACAGUCCCAUCGGACACACAAAUUAAGUUUAUAAGAGACCUCCACACAUGCCAUUUUGUAUCCUUUUAAGAAUAUAUGUUUGUUUAUGGACGUCUCUUGUAAAUGGGCACAGCAUGGCAGCUUGUGAUCUGAUUGUGAUGUGUUUAACACAGUGACAAUCUAUAUGGCAUCACCAGGGGCAAACAGUAUUCUUGCAGGGGUUUUUAACAAAUGACACUGUAGUAUUUGGAGAAGGAUUAACUAUGCUACUGUAGUAAAAACCCACUGCAGAUCUAACAUCUUUGGCAGUGCCUGUGUUAACUUAAGAAUAAGUUGCUGACGAGGUUAAAGGGACACUAAACCCAAUUUAUUUCUUUCAUGAUUCAGAUUGAGCAGCAAUGUUAUGCAAUUUUCUAAUUUACUCCUAUUAUCGAUUUUUCUUCGUUCUCUUGCUAUAUUUAUUUGAAAAGCAAAACUGUAAGCUUAAGAGCCGGACAAUUUUUGGUUCAGCACCUGGGUUGCACUUGCUUGAUUGGUGGCUAAAUGUAGCCACUAAUCAGCAAGCGCUAUCCAGGGUGCUGAAUCAAAAACCGGCCGACUCCAUAGCUUAGAUUCCUACUUUUUCAAAUAAAGAUAGUAAGAGAACUAAGAAAAAUUGAUACUCAGGCCCCUAUUUAACAAAGUCUAGCGGACCCGACAGUACGGAUCAGGUCCGCCAGACCUCACUGAAUACGGAGAGCAAUAAGCUCUCCGUAUUCAGCAUUGCACAAGCAUCUCACAAGAGCUGCUGGUGCAACGCCGCCCCCUGCAGACUCGCGGCCAAUCGGCCACUAGCACGGGGUGUCAAUCAACCCGAUCAUACUCAAUCGGGUUGAUUUGCGCCGAUGUCUGUCCGCCUGCUCAGAGCAGGCGGACAGGUUAUGGAGCAGCGGUCUUUGUGACCGCUGCUUCAUAACUGCUGUUUCUGGCGAGCCAUUCGAAGCUUGAUAGAUAGGCCCCUCAGAGUAAAUUAGAAAGUUGCUUAAAAUUACAUGUAUGAAUCACGACACAAGAAAUUUGGGUUUAGUUUCCCUUUAAUGCAGCUUGUCUGAUUGGAGAGCCAGCAACUUAUUCUUGUUAUGUGCCCCAGUGUGCACCUGUGUCUGGCUCCCGAGCCUUUUGUGUUAUAAGAGAUUCAUUUAUUGCUCAUGUGAGUAACUAAAGCACUUAUUUGUAGGCCAAGAAAGCAAUAACUGCAUUAGCUUUAAGGUAUAAAUACAUCCCUUUCUCAUCAUUUCAUCUCUAUGGAAAUGCUACUGUGAGACGUGUUCUUUAAAUCAUUCUUUAUCCGUGCUGGCAAUAGAACAUGAGUCUGACUGCUGGAUUAGUUACCUUGUGGCUCCUAACCGAAGUAUUAUAUUCCUACUGCCUGUAACCGGAUAGUUUACUUGUGGCACUUAUCGGUGAUCUGUCAGGCAAACAUCAGCUUUUUAUAUGACUGAAAAAAAUAUAUUAAUUGCAGGAUAAAUACAGUGAUCUGUCUGGUUUUGUCUUGUUUAAUGUUAUGUAAAUCAUUCCUGGCUCACUCAGAGAUACAAGUACAGAACGAAUAAUUCCAGAUAUAUUAAGGAGAAAGAGACUAUAUAAUGUAUAUAUAGAUACUUAUAAAAUGUAAAUAAUAUAUUUUUAUGAUUGUAAAAAAAUAAAGGCUGCUUUAAGAAUCUGA